CAAUUUUUUUAUGCACACCUCUGUAUUUUUUACUGUGCCAUAAAUACAUUUUUAUUAUUUCUUUUUUUUUUAAAUCGGAUGAUAAAUAAGUGCCCGUUCUUUUACAUACAAGACUUUAUCUUUAAUAUGGUAACAUUAAUAAUCGCAUCCGCCGUCAUAGCUCUCGCUGCAGCAGGGCAAGUCUUCACCGGCGCCAACUUCCAAUCCCAGGAGAACCGACAGUUCGCACCAGUUGAACAACAAUAUCAACAAGAACAACCGAUACAACAGCUACAACAACAGCAGCUACAGCAGCAGCAGCUACAACAACAGCAACUUCAACAACAGCAGCUACAAUACCAGCAGCUACCACAACAGCAGCUACAACAACAGCAACUUCAACAACAGCAGCUACAAUACCAGCAGCUACCACAACAGCAGCUACAACAACAGCAACUUCAACACCAGCAACUUCAACAACAGCAACUUCAACACCAGCAGCUACCACAACAGCAGUUACAACAACAGCUACCACAAACACAACAACAACAGAGGCAGUUUUUACCGCAAGCCAGGCCUCAACAGAUAAAGAAUGUUCCCCAAGCCCAGCCACUGCCAGUCUUGCAAAUCAGGCCACUACUCAAAGGCCAGGUCGGGCCUCAGCUCCAACAACAGAACCAACGGGCCAGGCCGGAGCAGAAUGCGAGAAUCCUGAGUUACGUCAACGAAAAUAACGUUCACAAUUACCGUUACUCUUAUGAAACUGAGAACGGCAUCAGAGCCCAAGAGGUAGGCCAGACUGUCCAGAAAGGCACUCAAGCGCAAGGCGAGUACUCUUACACUGGCGACGAUGGUCAGACCUACACUGUGACGUACACAGCCGACGAGUUCGGGUUCAGACCUCAAGGAAACCAUCUCCCUACUCCACCACCAAUUCCUGAAGCUAUAGCCAAAGCUGUUGAGCAAAAUGUCCGCGAUGCCGCCAACGGGAUCUUUGAUGAUGGUUCAUACAAAGAAGAGACGAACCAAGGAAACCAACUGAACGACUUCCAGCAAGUUGGUAAUGUGCAACCAAAUAUCAAACAGGGUGGUAACCUACAGCAGAAUCUGCAGCAAGGUGCCAACGUCCAGCAGAACUACCAACAGAGUGAGGAUUUGCAGCAGAACUUCCUUCUGGGCAACAACUAUAAGUUCCAGCAACAGCAGUUGAUGGAGCAACAACAAGAGAUGUUAGCUCCUGAACAGGAUUAUCAACAGAACAGUUUUCAGUUACAGCCUGUUCUCCUAGCUCAAAAUAUUCAGUGGUAGAUUUUUUAUGUUUUAUUAGUGAAAUAAGUGGCUUUUGGGUGCUUCCUUAAACUGUGACAGAUAAGUGGGCUGAAAAGAUUUGGAUAUUAUUACUACCUAACUUAGAAGAUUAUUGAAAAGAUUAAAAGAAAUUGUGGUUAUAUCUUUCUAAAAAAUCUAUAAAGGGCACAAAAGUCAGGUAUCGAUUGAAUAAGUACUUAAAAAGUGCAAUCAUGUUAAGACAUAAUAAUGUAGACCUCAGGUCAGGUCAGUUGCAUCUUAAACUGUUCAUUAAUAAAAUUGAAUCUUGAUUGUAUAAUUGUAAGGUUCAAAUUAUAAUGCUGACAACAUAUCUUAAUCUAUUUUUAAUCAGAUAUUCAAUGUCGUAAUGUUGCCUAAAGCAAGUUAGCAAACAAUUCUUGAUGCUCUGUCAAAUUAGGCUUCAUUUGUCUGAACAAUGAAUUGUGAUUAUAUAAGUUGUUUAAUUGAUGGUCUGUGUUGCAUUGUUUAGACAUUUGUUUUUCGGUAAAUGUAAAAGAGUUUUACAUUAUUUUAGCUUAAAUAUAUCGUCAAAAUGUUCAUAUUUAUUUUUACGAUCAUAUUUUGUCGAAAUGAUCUUUGUGAAAUGUCACCUCAUUAUCACUUUUUAGACAUUUGCAACCUAUUUUUUAUUUUCAUCUUUAUCCAACGAAGCUUACUCGUAUAAUGUGAAAAAAAUAUAUGACCUGCUCUGAGAAGACUUGAUUUUCAUAGCUGUUCGUAUGUGAUGACCACAUCAAAUGUGGUGCGACUGUAACUCAUUAAGAUGCCUAGUCUACAAGUUGAUUAGUUUUAGAACUGUUAUUCGUUGGUGUAAUUACUUUAAAUAAAAUAUUGUUGUAUAA